AAAGGGGGCUAGGCGGAAGCAGGGUGUUCCCGACUUCAAAUCAUGCCGAAGCCUCCUCGAGAAUUCCCAAAUCCUUUAUUCAAACGUUGGUUGGAAGAGUGGCGUGACCAGGCCGGCGAGCGUGGCCGCUUUAGGCUGCAACGGACCUAUGAAAGGGCGCUGAGCUCCCUCCUCAAGUAUCCACUCCCUCUGCACAGUGGGCGUGAGGCUCGGAUUCUGCAGUACUUUGGUGAGCACAUUUGCCGCCAGUUAGAUGAGCAGCUGGAGAAGCACCGCCAUGCACAGGAGGGUAUGUCAUUAGCAGAUCUGGUGGCCCCAACUACCUCUGGGAGUGGGCAAGAAGACGGCCCUCCCAGCAACAGAGAUGUACUGGCCAGUGACGUUCCAUUCCUGCCUGCCCCUUUUUCUACCAAGCCUGACCAGCUUCAAGGACAGCAGUUAAAGAAAACCAAGUCUGUGUCACACCGACGUGCCCGUGGAUACUUCCCUGCUCAACGGUCUGGGGCCUGUGCCGUGUUGGUGGCUCUUUACCAGGACAGCACUAAUCCUCACACUCGUGGAUACCUGACAAAGUCAGAGCUUCAGCGAGCAGCCCAGCCGCUGUGUGAUAAAUCUUUCUUUCUGGCUGGUCCUGGAAGUAAGAUCACUGCCUGGUCUGCAGUCAGCACUUUGAUUCGCAAGGAGCUGGUCCUCAAGACCAACAUCCCAGCUAGGUAUUCGCUAACAGAAUCCGGGCUAACGUUGGCCAAAGAGUUGUCGUCUUUGGGGAAACUGCCUCUUUCGCAGGAUAAUGACCUCAGCCACCCAGCUACUGGAACUGAAGAGCCUUUGGUGGAUUCAGAGGGAGAUGAUGGGCGGGUCUCAGGUCAAGACACCUCUCCUGCGGAACGCAGUGGGGAGCCGAGGCCAGAGGUGUUUAAACCCCAGUUUACCUUUCAUCCAGGACACUUUGAUGUGGUUUUGUGUGUGGAUUUCAUUGAAACAACAGGCGGCCCGACGUCCCGCAAGCGAGACUUGGUGAAUGAACUCGAGCGAAACGGUGUUCCUUUCAGCAUCCGGAAGCUUCAUGUUGGAGAUUUCCUGUGGGUGGCUAGGGAGAGGAACUCUGCAGGGCAACUACUUACAGCCCAGGAGCUGGUGCUGGACUAUGUGGUGGAACGGAAACGGAUGCCUGAUUUGUGUGGCAGCAUCAUUGAUGGCCGCUUUCAUGAGCAGAAGUUCCGUCUGCGGCAGUGUGGCAUUUCUCACAUCAUCUACCUGGUCGAAGACUCUGGCUCUGUGCAACACCUUAGCCUACCUGAAAAGACUCUGCAGCAAGCAAUCACUAACACCCAGGUAGUGGAUGGCUUCUUUGUCAAACGCACCUGUGAUAUUCGGGAAUCGGCCGCAUACCUGACUAUUAUGACACGUCAGCUGACUAAGUUGUAUGGGGACAAAACCCUUCUGAGUUGUACCAAGGAGGAAUUGGAACGGGAGCGCCCCUUGCAGCCCAGGAACGACUCCUGCGUGCUCCUGACCUUUGCUGAAUUCAACGAGGGAGCUGUGAAGAACAAGCCCCAGACAGUGAAUGAGGUCUUUGCUCGGCAGCUCAUGCAAAUCAGCGGCAUCAGUGGAGAGAAAGCAGCUGCCAUCCUGGAGCAAUACAAGACACCAGCCAGCCUUCUAGCUGCCUACGCCACCUGCAGAACUGCACAGGAGAAAGAGCAGCUUCUCAGCGGCAUCAAAUGUGGGAAGCUGCAGAGGAACUUGGGUCCUGCUCUGAGCAAAACCUUGGCCCAGUUGUACUGCACUCCAGGACCCCUGCUUUGAACCCCCAGAACGAGUGCAAAUUGUAGGGAGCCCCUGUCUUCUCUCAGCAGCGUACAAGCUGGAUCAUGGUGACCAAAAUUGCUGAAGCGGUUGGUAAUUAAAGCAAAGUCCAGCCCAAGCAGAUGUGUCAAACACAGGUGCCGAGGGAAGGAGCGGUUGGUUGGCGUGUCUGUUGGAAAACCAUGGAUGCUUACUAGCCAGAGACCCACUUCUUUGCUAGGGGCUCACAAAGGGGCCGUAUGCCCUCGCCUUAGAGGUUUUGGAAAAGAGCUUCUGCGGAGACACUUUAGUGCUAAAUUAUAGUUUUUCUUUUGGAACUUUAACUUCCCCCAACCGCUUCUCUGGGUUUUUUUAAAAUCUGCUAUGUUGUUCAUAUCCUAAUAAAGUUGCAUUCUAAUUUUCUCUUA